GCAUCCUUCAUAAGUAUGCAAAUAACUGAGGUGAAUAUAGAGAUCUCUGUGACUGAGAGCAUCACCCAACAACCACACCCCUCCUCGAGAGAAGCCUCUAGAGCACAGCUCCUCACCAUGGACUGGACCUGGAGGAUCCUCUUCUUGGUGGCAGCGGCACCAGGUGCCCACUCCCAGGUGCAGCUGGUGCAAUCUGGGGCUGAAGUGAAGAAGCCUGGGUCCUCAGUGAAGGUCUCCUGCAAGGCUUCUGGAUACACCUUUACCAGCUACUAUAUGCACUGGGUGCGACAGGCCCCUGGACAAGGGCUCGAGUGGGUGGGAGUGAUCUACCCUAGUAGUGGUGGCACAAACUACACACAGAAGUUCCAGGGCAGAGUCACCAUAACCAGGGACACAUCCACAAGCACAGCCUACAUGGAGCUGAGCAGCCUGAGAUCUGAGGAUACAGCCGUGUAUUACUGUGCGAAAGACACACACUCUGACCCUGAAGCUCUAGGAAAGGAGCCCAGCCCCAGAAUUCUCAGGUGUUUCUAUUCAGUGAUCAGCACUGAACACAGAGAACUCACCAUGGAGUUUGGGCUGAGCUGGCUUUUUCUUUUUACUAUUAUAAAAGGUGUCCAGUGUGCGGUGCCGCUGGUGGAGUCUGGGGGAGGCUUGGUACAGCCUUGGGGGUCCCAGAGACUCUGCUGUGCAGCCUCUGGAUUCACCUUCAGGAACUUCUGGAUGUACUGGGUCCACCAGGCUCCGGGGAAGGUGCUGGAGUGGGUUGGAGAAAUUAAUCCCUAUGGGGAUAGAACAAACUACAAAGACUCCGUGAAGGGCCAAUUCACCAUCUCCAGAGACAAUUCCAAGAACACGCUUUAUCUGCAAAUGAACAGCCUUAAAACCGAGGACACAGCCGUCCAUUAA